AGGGCCCACGAGGGAAACUACGCACCACUGGCCACACAAUCUUAUCCCCACCUCGUGAGCAUCUAAUCCAGUUCAUCCCUGCCACCGUCCUCUCUCUGACUCCCCAAAAUACUAGCGCCGGCAACUGCAGUUUGAGGACGCCAGAGCUGAUGCGAGCGGGAGCUGCGUCCAUGGAUGCAAAGCUACAUCUUCUUAUCCCCCGAUGCCCGCCGGAGCGGCGAGCAGCAACCAUGGAUGGCAGGAGCUGCAACCGCUUCCAUGGGAGCUACAACCUGCGUCCAUGGGAGCUGCGGCGGAAACGCGAGCUGCAACCAUGGAUGGCGGGGAGCUGCAAUCGGCCUCCGGGGGAGCUGCAUAUGACUCGAUGGCGAUUAGCGGUGGGCGGGGGUGGCCGGCGAGCACGGGCGGCGCGAGGGUGACCGGCAAGCACGGGCGGCACGGGUGGCCGACGAGUCAGGCGCGAGCGCGGGCGGCGCGGGGGUGGCCGGCGAGCAUGGGCGCGAGCACGGGUGGCGCGAGAGUUGCCGGCGAGCAUGGGCGCGAGCACAGGCGGCGCGGGCUGGCCGGCGAGGGCAGGCUGCGCGGGUUGGCCGGUGAGGGCGGGCUGCACGAGUUGGCCGACGAGCGCGGGCUGCGUGGGGUGGCUGGCGAGCACGGGCGCAAGCACUGGUGAAGAGAACGGAAGAUCAAAUCCAACGAUAUAUACAGGGGAAUCGGGUGGCUGCGCGCUGACCGGCAAAAUUUAGGCCAGUGCACCGGCGCCUAUCGGUGCCCAUGGAAAAAAGGUGUGCAUGAAAAGAUUGAAUGGUCGCCUUCAACCGCCAACAUGCGGUAGUUGUGACACGGGAAGCGAGCACACGCUUAGAAAAAUCUCUAUUUUCCUUUAAAAAAUGGAGGAUAGCACUCCAAUAACGCACACCCAGCUCAAAACGUAAAAUAAAGUUACGCACACAAUUAUUAAUUAUUAAUUAUUUAACUAUAUCUAGCAAAGUGUUGCAUCGUUGUCGUACGAAUUGAUUUACUCAAAAAUAAAAACAAAAACCGAGGCCAUCCAACAUGGAUUUACCCAGUAACAUGAUCUUCACAAUCCUACCACAAACCAUAUAACAUAGAGAAAUACUUGUAAUCAUCCGGCCGAUGAACGCGCUGAAAAUCAACCACCCGGUGCGCUAGCCACGCGCCCCAUCUGGCCUACCAACUACAUCUUCCCUUCAAUCUUAUCCACAGUUCUAAAUUUCUUAGUGGCAACCUCAUCCUACCCCUUUUCUCUCCAUCUGAUUUUGACACCUGCUUUUUUCCCCCUCGUCUCUUUCAAUCCAGCCCCACGAGCGCAAACUACUACGAUA